CCGACUGGACAAGAUGGUAACCAAGGUAACUAAGGUCCGACUGGACAAGAUGGUAGCUAAGGUCCGACUGGACAAGACGGUAACCAAGGUAACUAAGGUCCGACUGGACAAGAUGGUAACCAAGGUAACUAAGGUCCGACUGGACAAGAUGGUAGCUAAGGUCCGACUGGACAAGAUGGUAGCUAAGGUCCGACUGGACAAGAUGGUAACCAAGGUAGCUAAGGUCCGACUGGACAAGAUGGUAACCAAGGAGCUGGCUGAGGAGGGGUUCAUGAGCGCCACACUGCUGCUGAAGGCUCUAGGGCGCAUCUCGGAGAAGAAGGAAGACCUGCAUCAUCUGUUGGAGCACGGACUCGGACCGAAGGUGUUGUUCUGGUUUGAAACCGUCGGCGGACUCCUGGGUUCUGAGGGCUACCGAAACACCGGCCCUCUGCAGAACCUUGCAGAGGAGUUCUAUGACUACUUCCUGCUCCUUGGACAGCCUUCCCUUCACGUGUCAGCUUUCCUGCUCUCUACAAUACUCUCCCAGUUAGCCAGGCUGGUUUUGAAUCCGGUGAUCGCCUUCUCUCCCCGUUUAGAGGCUAUUAGGACAUACAACACUCUUCUAGAGUCUCUCAACAGAGAGGAAAGGAAACGGCUGCAAGUUGAUAUAAAUCAGCACAGAAUACUCGAUGAGCUUGCAGCUUCAAUUCUGACAGUGGGAGACUACGAGUUCCAGGUCAGCAUCUCGGAGGCACUAUGCCGCAUGACCCCCAAACAGGACAGAGAGCAGAGGGCGAAGGACUGGUUCUACGACCAGGAUAUCAUCGAUGCCUUCUGCCGGAUCCGAGACAAAGACUUUGAAGUGGACUGUCGAUUAUUCCUCAAUUAUAUCAACGGUUGCCAAGGAAACCAGAGGAGGGUUUAUACAUUUCCUUGUCGCCGAGCCUUCCUUGGAAAUACUGAGCUGUUUAGUCCAAAGGAUGACAAGCUGGACCGGUUCUGGAUCGACUUCAACCUGGGCUCAGAAUGCAUCAGCUUUUUCAUUGACGAUCAGCAGGGCUUUCUCUGGGUCUCAGUCCACCUCCCAAAGCAUGGGGUCGAAAGCUACACCCUCUACUCUCAACAAAACGAGCUCGACGAGGAGGAGACGGUGGUCCGCCUGGAGCUGAGCCGGCCGUUGGUCCACCUGAACAGCGGGGAGAUGCGGGUCCAGCUGUCCUUCAGCCCCCAGCACCACUCGCUCGUGCUGGAGGCCUUGGGCAAAGUGUUCGGCCCGCCACCGUCCCAGGAAACGCCGGGCUUUCUUCAAAUGAAGGACAGAGAGGAGGUCUUGACCCUCAGUCGAGGUGGCAGGACCUACUACAAGAAGAAACCGAAGAGCAAACUGAAGAUUCUCCCGCUUUCGUCCGCCAGCAGUGAAGACGGGUCUACUCCAUCAAGGCCUCUCUCUGCAAGCACUCCAAGCAAAGCAGAGAUUCUGUUCGACAAGAUUAUAAAAAUGCUUCCAAAAGACAAGACGCAGCCCUUACAGACUUUGAAUGACUCGGGUCUGACUGAAGGCUCUCGACCAGAGCUCAGUGCCGAGGGACCGGACCUGGACCCGGAGGGGACUGAGGACCGUGGCCUGGACCUACUGUGGAUUGAGGACCCUGGGCAGACCGAGGACAUCGACUUGGACCAAGAGUGGACUGAAGACCUAGGGCAGACCGCGGACAGUGGCGUGGGCCUAGAGAAGUCUGAGGACCGUGACCCGGAGCCAGGGCGGACUCGGGAGCCAGAGCGGACUCGGGAGCCAGGGCGGACUGCGGACAGUGGCGUGGGCCUGGAGCAGUCUGAGGACCGUGACCCGGAGCCAGGGCGAACUCGGGGGGAGCCAGGGCGGACCCGGGAGCCAGGGCGGACUGCGGACUCUGACUUGGACCCGGCGAGGACUACGACGAGGGGCCUGGACCCGGGGCGGACUACGAGCGGCCUGGACCCGAGGCAGACUGCGGACCCGGGGCGGACUGUGGUCCGUGACCUGGACCCGGGGCGGACUGUGGUCCGUGACCUGGACCCGAGGCGGACUGUGGACUGUGGAGACUGUGGCGUUUCUGUGAACCAGAACGUUCUCAACACUCCCAGGAAGAGGACGUCAUCCAGAACCGAACCACCAAUAGGGGCGUCUUGUCCCAAGAAGAAGGCGUGGUCUAUUCCUGUGGGGGAGGAGCCAGGCCCAUCACUCAAAGACGUUCCGGUCGAGGCCGGUUCAGACCAGCAGGCCAGCAUCGUGCCGGACUUCAACAACCUUACCAGACAGCUGCAGGACAGCAUGGCUGCCGCUACACAACGAUGCUGCCAGCGGGUUGAAGGUCAGGUGGUGGAGUCUUUCACAGAGGGCCAACAAAAUGUUUCUUCUCUGCUGAUGGCUGUACAGAAACACAGGCUGCGCCUGCUCCAGAGGUUUGAGAGGAGGGUGGUGGACGAAAUGAGGCAACUGCAGGAAAGAUUUCAAAGCCUUUCAAACAUGGAGACCGAGUUACUGAGCUUCGUAAGAACCGAAAUGCAGUCUUUGGCUUCGUUCUGCGACCGACAGCAGAGUGGGCUGGCGUCCCUGGAUUAUAAAAACCAAGACGAAGAGGACGAAGAGGACGGCGUGGAGAGGAAGAAUGGAGGAGAGGGCACAGACACUGAAGAGGCCUAGAGUUCAGCACAGACCUCCAACUAGUUAUCAAAUAGUUUGAUUGGUUAUCCACAAUGAUAAAAUAGUUCUCCAUCGUCACGUUAACUGAAUUCUCCACCUUCAUCAUUUCGAAAAAAAAAAAAUGAUUUGUUUUCUCUGCUUAUAAAUGUGUUUACAGUUCGGAAUCUGUCUCCUAUGUGAGUUGCCUCUAAAGUAACAGAAGUGACUCCAACCCUGUCGUUCGGUCCACUGCAAAUUUUGUGGAAAUAAAUAAUUCCUCAUGGACUGUAAUACAGCCUCUGCAACACUACAUGGCAGUGUUUCACGGGCUGAAGAUGUAAUGCCGC